CGGGGCUCUGCCUGCCCGGCCGCUCAGCUCAGCCCUCAGCUCCUCUCCUCUCUGUAGUCGCUGUUACCUCUCCACUCAUGCGGAUCCAGCCGUAGCUCAUGGACUAGCCGGAGAGGUCUGGUGGCGGACUGUAUCGGGCUUGUAGCGAACAGGGUGAACCAGUGGACCAUGGCUGCCAAAGAGGACCUCUACAGUAAAAUCCUCCCUCGGAGGCUCCGACAGAACCGGCCGGGCUCAGUGAAAUGUGCCUCCAACUUGGACGUGCUGUUAUCCAUGGGCUUCCCCAGACCAAGGGCGCUGAAGGCUCUAGUGUCAACAGGAGGUCGGAGUGUGCAAGCAGCAUGUGACUGGCUGUUUUCCCAUUUGGAUGACCCGUUCCUUGACGACCCUCUGCCCAGGGAGUUUGUCCUCUACCUGCGACCCAGCGGACCUCUACAGAACCAGCUCUCCCACUUCUGGCAACAGAGCCGGGUCACUUGUGGCAAAAACAAAGCCCACAACAUUUUCCCCCACAUCACCCUCUGCCAGUUCUUCAUGUGUGCAGACCACAAAGUAGAAGCUCUAUGCGAGGCUCUCCAGGCCACUGUCCAGCAGUGGCGGGGUCGAUUUCCCACCCCGCUGCCUCUAGAGCUCUACACAUCCUCAAACUUUAUCGGCCUCUUCGUGGAGGAGCUGGUGGCCGACAUCCUCAAGCAGUUUGCAGCCGACUUUGCGGCUGAGGCGGCCAGGAAGGCAGAAGUCCAUGUGGAGCCUCACAAAAAGCAGCUCCAUGUAACUCUGGCCUACAACUUCCCCACCAAUCACCUCCCGUCACUGGAGAAACUGGCCAAGGGCAUCGAGGUCAAGCUCGGCUGUGAUUGGCUGGCAGUCCUGUUCUCCCGGGACAUUCGUUUCGCAAACCAUGAGACCCUGCGGGUGAUGUACCCCUACAUGCCUCAGAACGAGGACGAGCUGGAGCUGGUUCCUGGAGAUUUUGUCUUCAUGUCUCCAGUGGAUCAGAGCAGCACCAGUGAGGGUUGGGUUUACGGGACCUCGCUGGCCUCUGGGCUGUCUGGCCUACUGCCUGAGAACUACGUCAGCUUGGCCGACGAGUCUGACACCUGGGUCUUCCACGGCUCCCAUUCAUUCUUCAGCUGUGGGCCCAGUGACAAGACCAGCAAGGAUAGAGGGAUGUUUGACGGACUGCUGGACAGCCGACGCCCUGACAACACGAGUCCUGGAGACACGCCCACCCUCAGUCUCAUUUGCCACCCAAUGCAGCAGGUACUGCGGAUCAGCGGUGGUCACUCUCGACAGCCGAAGAGGACGCUUUUUGUCUGUCGGCACGGUGAGAGGAUGGACGUGGUCUUUGGCAAACACUGGCUCUCCCUCUGCUCCGACAGUAAAGGUAGAUAUGUACGCUCCAAUCUGAACAUGCCUCCCAGUUUGCCGCUGUGGGGAGACAAGAGAGAUUACGACAUGGACGCUCCCAUCACUGUGUUUGGAUCCACGCAGGCUCGACUAGUGGGUGAGGCCCUGUUAGAGAGUAACACAGUGAUAGAUUUUGUGUACUGCUCUCCCUCCUUGCGGUGUGUUCAGACUGCACAGAACAUCCUCAGAGGUCUGCAGCAGGACGGUAAGCUGAAGGUGCGAGUGGAACCGGGGCUUUUUGAAUGGACCAAGUGGGUUUCUGGGAACUCUCUGCCUGCGUGGAUACCUCCCACCGACCUGGCUGCAGCCCACUUCAGCGUGGACACAACGUACAGACCUCUGAUCCCAAUCAGCAAGCUCACUGUGUCUGAACCCUAUGAGAACUACAUGAGCCGGAGCUACCAAGUGACCAAAGAUAUCCUGUCAGACUGCAAAAACACUGGAAACAACGUGCUGAUUGUAGCCCACGCUUCUUCCUUAGAGGCCUGCACACGCCAGCUGCAGGGCCGCAGCCCACAGAGCGCCAAGGACUUCAUCCAAGUAGUCCGAAAGAUCCCCUACCUGGGCUUCUGCUCCUGUGAGGAGCAGGGAGACACGGGGGUGUGGCAGUUAGUGGACCCUCCCAUCCUCCCCCUCACACACGGACCAAACCACAGCUUUGACUGGAGGGAGACGCUCCUGCAGGAAUGACGUCUGAUCCGUGCUCCGCCCAACCCGAUCAUACUGUACUCCCACAGACUGCAGCAACACGUUUCAGACCAGUGCCCCCCAAAUACUGGAACCAUUCUCUUUUCAGCCUCUUCACACAGCUGGUGGUUUAGCAGUGAAGAAGCUUCCUGCCUGAAUAGCCGGUGAAUGGUUGUUGAACUGACUGCCGCCCUCUGAGGCUGGUUUCCACUCUCAAAUUUGAUUCUUUUUCUUGCCAGAAUGAGGGAGACGUUAGUUUGGGCAGUAUGGCUGUUAGCUGCGCUGUGUGGGAGAGCGUGUCCACAUUGUCAUCCCAGUCUCAGAAAACUUUGUGAAAUUAGCAUGAAGGAUUAAGUUUUACCAACAUGAAUGUUUUACAUGAAGUACACAGGAUUGUAGCAGAAGUGGGACUCUGAAGUAAUGGCAUAGAAAGCGAAAGCAUGGAAGGUUAACUUUUUUUUUAGCUCGGUUGACUUAGGUUUUAUUUUUAACUUGUCAGUUUAGUGUAUUUCCACUGAAAAUGUCUGCAUUUCACAAAUCCAAAACGUUUAAGUUCACUAAAUAUAAUAUAUUUCUAAAUUUAACUGUUAGCUAACGUUAAACAUUAGGUGUGUCCAUUACUCCCUCGUUUACUUACUCACUAAUGUCAUUUUAGUUAUUGACCACAUCCAUUCUGUUUUUAACUGACUUAUGUGUGACUAAAGAUGUGUAAAGAUAGACAUGAAAAAUGUCUAUCUUUACAUUAAUGUGCUAACAUUAGCAAGGCUAAGAUCCGCCCUGAGUUGGAUUACAACAUAUCUCACAUGCUAAAUCAUUCAACAUUUAAGCCUGAUAACAUGUUGUGUCAGAGGAUUGUAAACCAGUGAUUCCCAACCAGGAGUAUGGGGACAAAUUGUAACUUGAAUAAUUCGAAAAAAUUAAAUCAAUGAUUUGAUUUAAAAAUACGUCAACAUAGGUCAGUUAUAACAAUUCAUUUAUGUGUUACUGCACUUAGUUAAAACUAGUUAGAAAGCAAGCAGAGGAGAUGAAAUUGAACGUCCAACUUUUGCCAGUCAGUGUGGUUGUAGUACGAAUACAAACUUGACCAAUUGAAACAUGGCAGUUAAUUGUAUGAAAAUAUUGUAAUCCCCUAUUUUAUCCUCCAACCUAUCUAGUGGUGUUGAUGAAGGGGCACUUGAGUUCAUCGGACUGGGCUGUAGAGGUACAUCUGGAAAAAAGUGUGUCCACAGUAUCUUAUUCGAGUUAGUGCUUAUUUCACAAAAUUGAAUGAGACUGUUGAGAAUUUGUAAUGAGAGUGUAUCAUAGCAGUACUGCUUUCCUGCACAGAUCUCAGCAGUAUUACUUCACCAUACAGUAAAUGUCGACUCAGCUCGAACCACAGGGCUCCUGGCCAGGGUUAAAACAGAUGGCAUUGAUUGUUGUUGUUUUUAAAGGGCAUCCUUUGUCCUCCUAACCCUGGCUUCAAUCAGGGACUUUCCUGAUGCUACCCACAUAACGUGGCCCCACACGUUUUCUCUAUUUUGCCGCCACAUGUAGCACACCCAGUACAGCAGUGUCUUCUACCGUUCAUGUAGUGUAUGUAAAAAUGAAACAACCGCAACUAUAACAGCACAACCUGCACUAUUGACAAUCAUACAGUAGCUUCUUGAUUCUGCUCCAGCACAUUUUUAGUGUGUGCUUGUUAAAUGGUGUUUAAGGGGUUUGGAGUAGCUGUAAAUAAUCAUAUUUUGAGAAAAGUCUUCCAGUUGCAUUUUUUAUUUAUUUAUAAACUUUUCUUUCAGAUGUUACAAGCAUAGAUAUUAAAAAAGAGGAUCAUCACUUUCAGCAUGCAAGAAUUUAUGCUCUGUAUCUCAGGUGUUGACUGCAUUUAAGACAUAACGUAUAUGCAGCUUUGAAAAGUGUUCCACUGAUUGAGUGACUGUGUUGUUGUGAGUGCCUCUUGGAAUUAAAGUGAUGUCUCCUGAU